AGACUGGUAUACUCUGGUAAAUUUCUCUUGGCACCAGGAAGUAAAUACGAGGAAAACAGGUUCAGAGUGUGAAAUGUCCUCGCCAUCACAAUUAAGCGAGGAAUGUUAAUCAUAACUAAAAUUUCCACUAUAUACUGUGUGCAGAAAUUACCAUACAUUUUUAAUAUAUUGAAAUACCCGCUUUAGUCUACAAAAGGUUCUGUGCCGUGAGUACGUUAUAAAAUAAAAGUUUCCUCGACGCCACCCUGACAACAUACAAACAUCCAAACAUCCCAGUUCACCGAACACUAUGCUCAUGAAUCUUCCAUAUCUGCUACUUUACCAAAGAAAAGCUAUUUAUGAAAGGCUAGACUGAACAAAUGUGUUUUCAGCUUUGUAAGAAAAAGCUCUGCCCCUUGCUUAAGGUACUACCAAAUGGCCUGCACCUUUUGCUCAAUGUAGGGGUGAUUGAUCAUAAAAAACAAAAAGGUAUUAGCUCAGGUAUUAGGUACUUACAUUAGUAAGCAUCUACUGUCUAAUUUCCUUUACAUAUUCGUCAAUCAUAAUAAGCUGGUGUCUAUCUUCUGAUUUGGCUGAAACAUAUAACUGCAUGUCAUCAGCAUAACAGUGGAGGCUAAUACCAUGUUUAUGAAUAAUUACACCAGGAGAUGAUUAUCAGUCAAAUAAGACCUGAAUCAGAAGAGGGCUGUCCCCUUAACACCAACAACAUGCUCUAGCCUAUCAAGUAGAGUAGCAUGGUCAAUGGUUUUAAAAGCUGCACUAAGAUAAAGUAACACCAGCAAGGAUACACAACCCUGAUCAGAGGCCAGUAACAGGUAAUUUACAACAUUAAUUAGUGCUGUUUCUAUGCUAUAUUCUAAAAUCACCAUGUUCAGAAUUAUUCAUACCCUUUAUAUUACAAUGUUCUUAUAAUCAAUAGGAAAGCCAUUGAUCUUAAUGACAGCCUGCAAAUGCUUCUUGUAGGUCUCUACCAGAUUUCUACAGGUCUCCUGUGGAACAUUUCCCCACUAUUCCUUUGCAAAAGCCUUCAGUUUUUGGAGAUCGGAAGGCCUCCUAGCCCUGACCCAGAUCUUCAUCUCUCCCCACAAAUUCUCAUUUGGGUUCAGGUCAGGGCUCUGAUUGGCCAUUCCAGAACAUUUAUGUUGUUGUACCUGAAACUUUGCUUGAACACUCGUGCCAUAUGCGUCAGGUAUUUAUUCUGCUGGUAGGUCCAAUUUUCUAGUAGGUUGAGUUUGUGUGCAAAAGCCACCAGAUUUUCAUCAAGAAAUUUGAGAGUCCUCUUUUUUCAUGAUACCAUCUAUCUUAAAAAGGUUGCCUGAACCACUUGCAGAGAAGCAUCCCUAUAGCAUGGUGUGACCACAGCCGUGAUUGACAGUUGGAUGGUAUUCUCCUCCUUUCUUAGGCAAAACAUGCAUCAUCCAUCAUCAUGUCCAAAGAACUCCUGUUAGACACCUGGAUUAAAUAGGUAUUUGUAAUCAUUCACCAUGUCCCCAUGUACGGAAACAGGAAUUAUAGGUGCCUUAGUCCUCCUCAGGUCGACCACUAGCUUCAAUGUUUUUAGUCACAUUGAGCUGUUGAUGGUUCCACUCACUCAAUAAUACUGUACUCAAUCUCCUCACCACUGCUGAUGCAACCAACUAUAGCCGAGUCAUCAGAAAAUUUCUGAAGAUGGCAGUACUCUGUGCAGUAUCUGAAGUCUACAGUGUACGGGGUGAAGAGGAAAGGAGACAGAACAGUCCCCUGAUGUCAAGUGGAGAAGAGUCAAACAUUUCUAAGUAUUACUUAGAUGAGAAGGCUUUCUAUAUCUGCUGCAAGCUAUUUCUACAACACUCAGCUGUCAUCAAAGAUGGAUGGAGUUGGGCAAAGGUCAAGGGUGGUGAAGAGGACUACAUAAAAAAAACUGCUAUAAUACCUGGAAGAUUGUCUUCUUUGCUUAACCAGAAAGCUGAUGAUGGGAUCAGUGCUCUGACUGGAGCUGAUGAGUUGGAUGAUGAUGCUGUUGGGGCUUAUAAAGAAUGUGAAAGCCAAAGCCAAGUUUUAAUGCACUAUGAAUACCAUGUUUUAUACUCCUUUGGUCAUCAGGUGCCAACACUCUACUUCAGAGCAUCUACAUUAGAUGGACAGCCAUUGUCCCUUGAUGAGGUUUGGAAAAAUAUUCACCCAAACUACAGACAAAGACUACUACAAGGACCUUGGGAUACACUGACUCAACAGGAACACCCUUUACUAGGCCAGCCUUUCUUUAUGCUCCAUCCUUGUCACACUGAAGAGUUCAUGAGACCCAUUUUGAAAAUGGAAAAUACCAAAAAAAGGAAAGUAAACUACAUUGCCACAUGGCUGAGCGUGGUAGGACCUGUGGUGGGAUUGGAUGUGCCUCUUAGCUACCACACAGCAUUGACUGCUCCUGACUGACUCAUUAAUCUCAAUCUAAUAUGUUUUCUGACAUAUGGUGAAGAAAAGAAAAACAAGACAUGCACAAAGUCACUAGAAACUCCUAGGACAUCCUAAGACUACAACCUUGUAUCAAAGAAUUUACUCAUUUUUACUGAGUAAUCAGAACAUUUGAUUUUGUAUCAUUUGUAUUUUUAUCUGUUUUCUUUUUUUUGUUUUGGUCUUUUUUAUAUUUUACUUUUAUAUUUCUUUUUUUUUCUUUAAAGUUACAUUACAAUAAAUUUUUUACUACAUUGGCAGCAUCAAAA